AUGCGUACCCUAAUCGUUUUGUGUUUAGUAGCAGUGGCUUGUGCCCAAUACAACUACCAGCCAUCGAAUGGACAGACAUCUGAAGGUGCUGUAGGGGGUGUUGGAUCCGAUGCUGGCGGUGCUGGUUUAAGUGGCGGUGCGGAUGUGGGUUCCGAAGGUGCUUUUGCCCCUGGUUCAGAUGCUGGUUUUGGCGGUGGUGCCCCCCAAGGCGGUGACUUUGGUGGUGUUGCUCAAAAUGCUGGCUCUUUUGCUCCACAAGCAGAAUUCGAAAAGGAAUUCUUUACUUACACCGCCGAUGAGAAUGAAUUUGGUGACAAUGAUGCCGCCCAGCAAGCUGCCAACUCUCUGAGACAAGGUAUUCGUGUGGUUUUCAUUAGGGGGCCCGAAAAUCGUGGUUUGGAAAAUGCUGCCCUUGCCUUGGCCAAACAAGCUGGUGAACAAAAGACUGCCAUCUAUGUCUUGAACAAACAAGCCGACAUUGGAGACUUGGCCAAUAAGUUGAACAGCAUCAACCACAGCAGCAACAAUAAGCCCGAAGUGCACUUUGUUAAAUAUCGCACAGCCGAAGAUGCUGCCAAUGCCCAGCGUGCCAUCCAGGGUCAAUACGACGGAUUGGGCGGUAACGCUAGAUCCAUUAAUGGUGGUGUUGCUCCCGUCUUGAACUUUGCCUCACAAGCACCACAACCACAACCUCAAUCGCAAUCACAACCACAACCUCAACCACAACCACAACCACAACCUCAACCCCAACAACAACAAGAAGUAGCCCCCACAAGCUCUUACAUUCCUCCACCAGCAACAGCAGCAGCACCCACCAACACUUAUGUCCCACCUCCAGCACCAUCUGCUGCUGCGCCAACCAAUAGCUACAUUCCUCCUGCCACUCCCGUGGAUGAACCCAGUCCCAAUUACUUACCUGCUUCUAUUCUUCGCUUAUUCCGUUUGUAA